UCAAUGUAAAUCUGAAAUCAGCUGUUUCAUCGAAGAAGAAGAGCGGUAACAGAUGAGGCGCCUGGUACGAAAUUGGAAUAACCAAUUGUUACUUAAUGCAAGUACUGGAAAAGGCCAAUGUCUCGCCAGCAGGGGCUCAAGUGGCCAGCCGGCUAAGGCAGAGGCCGUUGAGCCAGAUAACAAUGGAUUCGGCUCCAAGUACUGCAUGGGCCUGGUAGAGAAAUAUGACUAUGAAAACUAUUUGAGCACGCUGCUGCUGCCGCGGGAGCUGCGACGAGCCGCCUUUGCGCUACGUGCCUUCAACGUGGAGGUCUCCCGGUCAGUCAGCGGACACCAAAUCGAGCCGCAAAUUGCGAAGCUGCGCCUCAAGUUCUGGUACGACUCCAUAGACAAAUGCUUCGAGCGGGACUCCCAGCAGUCGUAUGUGAAGGAUCAGCCAGUUCUGCGGGAAUUGAAGCACGCCGUGGGAACCCGCAAGCUAAACAAAAUCUAUCUGCGUCGUCUGGUCACAGCGCGCGAGCGUCCGCCCAAUCAGGGGUUCGAGUCCCUGCGUGAACUCGAGGAAUACGCCGAGCAGGCUUUCUCCUCGCUGCUGCAUCUGCUGGUGGAGGUGAGCGGCGCCAAGGACCUGCAAGUGGACCACGCAGCCUCCCAUCUGGGCAAGGCUCAGGGCAUAGCCACACUGCUGAGGGCCAUACCACAUGCGGGGCGCCAGCAAGCGGUCUGUGUGCCCCUCGAAGUGCUGGUGCGGCACGGGGUCAGUCAGGAGCGCAUAUUGCGCAGCAAGAGCGACGACAAGGGCGUCGAGGAGUGCAUCUUUGAGGUGGCCAGUGCGGCCAACACACAUCUUAAACUGGCCCGACAGCUGCACGAUCAAGUACCGCGUCCGGUGCGCAAGAUCUUUCUGUCCGCCGUGGCCACCGAAGGCUACCUGGAGCGACUACGACGCGCUGACUUCCUGCUCACCCACAAGAGCUGCGUGGGACGUGACACCAUGCUGCCGGCCCGCCUCUUCUGGAAGUCUCUGUUCAACAGGUACUGAGGAGCAUCCCUCAGCCUCGUGACAGGAGUUAGUUAUAGAUUCAGAUAAGCCUAAAGCCAAAUUGUUAAACUAUUAAAAUGUAAACUAAUUCAAUUUGCAAGGAGAAGGUACUUAAAGUACUCGGUAAUAAUAUUUUAAUAA